CCGCGAUGAAGAGUGGCCCCCGCUCGGUGCAACUAGAGAAAGCCCUCGCACAGAAACAAAGACCCAACACAGCCAAAAAAAAAAAAAAAAAAAAGAGUUAAAGUCUGCUAAAGUGCUUGUGUAAAGGGCCCCAGCAUGAAUUCUAAGUGAGCAUUGGUUGAGGGCUGUGAACCUGCCUGCAAGGAUUCCCAGAGGGAUGUGGGCAGCUGGUGGCCCCUCCCCCACCCCUUAUCGGCGCCCCCAGACCUGCGGUCUCCCCCUUCACCCCCCUCUGAUUUCCCUCCGGUCUCCUUCGCUGAUUCACUGGCCUCCUCUUCCCACCACAUCGCAGCCAUGGCCUUGGUUCUGCAGCUGCUGCCGCUGCUGCUGUCGAGGGCCCAGGGGAACCCCGGGGGUAAGCCAUCCCAGGAAAGUCGGAAUGGGCGAGGAAAGACUGAGGCAGGAGGAGGAGGAGACCCAGUGCGGGUAGUGGGGGGGAUGAGAUGUGUAUGGGAAGAUCCAGGCUGGCGGGAGGGUAGAGGAGAGGGAAAAGGCGUAAGGGGGAGGGGCGUCUUGCUCUGUGGACUUGCCUUGACCACCGUCCCCCCCCACCCCCCCCCCCCGCCUCCCCUAGCUUCACUGGACGGUCACCCCGGGGACCGGGUGAAUCUCUCCUGCGUAGGGGUCUCGCAACCCACCCGCUGGGUCUGGGCACCUAGAUUCCCGGCUUGCAAAGGCCUGUCCAAAGGACGCCGCGCGAUCUUGUUGGCCUCACCGAACGGGACCCCCACCGUGUCUCCCGUCCAGCCCUUUGCUGGCCGCCUACGUGCCCUGGACCUUGAUAUCCGGCGGCUGGAGCUACUCCUGAGCGCGGGGGACUCGGGCACCUUUAUCUGCAAGGGCCGCCAAGAGAACGAGAGCCGUACGGAGCUUCACGUGCUGGGGGACCGGGCCUAUUGCAGAGCUCCGGGGCCUACCCACGGGUCCGUGUAUCCCCAGACUCUAAUCCCGCUGCUGGGCGCUGGGCUGGUGCUGGGACUCGGAGUACUGGGCUGGGCCUGUUGGCUGCGCAGGCGCUCGCCCCCUCACCCGCCUCGACCACCCCCCAGAUUUGUUCCAUUCGUGAAAGCGGAGCCCCAGAGGUCAGUAGAGGAGGAAGAGCCCAAGAUUGCAGGGGACCUGGACCAGGAGCCGAGCCUGCUCUACGCAGACCUGGAUCAUACGGCCCUCAGAAGAUCCUGCCGACUGUCCCCAGUGGUCCCUGCUGAUGCCUCCACCACCUAUGCGGUUGUAGUUCGAAAGGAAGCCCUUACUACCUCACAAGCUGAGGGCUCCCAGCUCUCCAUAACACCCCUCCCCUUCUUGGCCCUUCACCUGGAAAAGGAAGGCACCAUGGGAUAGAAAUGAGCACUAGACUGGGAGUCAGGAGACGGAGGAUCCAGGCUAUCUCUGCUGCUGAUUUUGGUCCCCAUCUCUCACACAGCUUUCAGGUCUCCUUCACCACUGAUGUCCUUAAACCUGAUCAAGCCCUGUCUCCCUAUCUUAAGACAUCAACAGCUCCUAGAUUUUUGCCCUCUCUUCCCUUCUCUCCACAGUCAAGCUCUUUGAACCAAGGGCCUACACCUGUCUCUUCCAUUUUUCUCUUCACUCCACUCCCACUGCUCACGUGCUCGCCAUGAGAUUGCCAGUGAUGUCCUAAUAACCACACCCACUAGACAUUUAUUAGCAUUCAUCUGGCUUGGCCUUUGAUCGCUCUUAUUUAAGCUGUUUUUCUUUAAUGCUGUUGUCUUCCUUCUGGACUCCUCAUCCUUGCUCCCUACCCCUGCAGUAUUCUCCACCAUUCCAGGUUUGUCUUUUUCUUUAUCUGCCUUCUCCCUCUCCUGGGAUGCUGUCAUCCACAGCCAGUCCUCAGCCUUUUUCUGUGCAAGCAACAUCCAUAACUCUCUCCAGUUCAGAUCUCUGAUACGAGAUUUCCAAACUGUCCCUCAGACAUCCCCGCCUGGCUGGCCCUAGGCAUUCUGCACACAGCAGGUCCAAAAGCCAACUCACUGUCAUCUCCCAAGCCACUUACCUAAUCCUUCCUCCUCUGCAUUCUCUCUUGAUCAACCCCAUUGCCCAAGCCAGAAAUGGAGAGUCAUGUAGACCUCCUUCCUCUCACUCCCACAAGAUAAACCAAGUCCUGUCUUUCUAUUUUAAUGUCACUGUCAAAUCCACACCCUUUUCACACCCAGCACUGCCACCUGAAUGUACUCUUUAUUUCCUCCCUGGAUUACCCAUAGCCCCACCUCAUCCUCCUGCCCUUGUUCUCCUCCCUGAAACUAGAGGUAUUCUCCCCAAAUGCUAACCUGCUCCUGACAGCCUAUAUUUCAGCAGUAUUUCAGCUCUGGACCCAUGGGCCUCAGCUUUGGGUUCAAGGUGCUACAGUACUCUACUUACUCUCCAGGCUUAUCUCUGUCACUCAGUGCCUAGAACAGGACAGCCUUAGAGAAAUUCUCCCCAGCCCCCAAAUGCGCCUUUGCCCAGUGCAAUUCCUUCUUCCUGGAUUAGCCUUUGCCUCCUCCCCACUAUCUGCCUGGCUAAUUCUUAUUUAUCCUCAGGACUCAGUUCAAGUGUAGCCUUUGCUGGGAAGCUAUUUCUGACCCACUUUGCCCACCCCUGCAUACACUCUGAUGCCCUACAGAGCCCCCUUAUUUCUCUCAUAGCAACAGCCUCCUGUGAAUUGUUCCAUUACAACCUGUAUUUCAAUUUAUAAGAAAUUUUCAUGUGAGUCCCCUGAUAUCAGGAGACUGACCCUUUUUAUAUCACCGCUAAGCCUCAGUAAAUGAGUGAAAAUGAA